UGUUUAUAUUCUCUACCGCUGCUUUAUCGCUUUUGUUGUGCUCGCAAACGACAUUAGCGCUUUGUUUUGAUCUGACGUUUUGGAGCGAAAGCUUUGCAUCAGAUGUUAUUUAAUAACAUAAAAACAAAAACAAUUAUUUCCAUAGAAAAUCACGCAACGUAUCAGGGAACAAAAAGGAUCGGAGUUACACACGAACGAACAAACAACAACUCGAAGCAACGCAAACGUAGAUUAGACAGCAACGAAAGAGUGGCAUAUUAUCAAUUGGCUUGCGUAUUUUGUGUUGGUUGAAGCGCAUUGAUAAUGUUGUCUUUCAUCAGACGAAAAUUAUCAGAGUCCGAGUCAGGAGGCGGCAGCAGUACAACGCUUGCGAACGGCCCGACAAUCGGUACAAUAGAUAAUUUUCUUGCACAAAAAACUAGUAAAAUGUCUUUGGAUAAUGAAGCCAUCGCCAUUGGGGAGGAUGCAUUACUGCAGGAGCUGGGCUACAAAAAUGCAACCGAUCUGCAAGAAACGGUUUAUGAUGUGCUAAAGACGAUUCGUGAUCCGGAAAAACCAUGCACGUUAGAAGAUCUGAAUGUUGUUUAUGAAGAGGGCAUUAUUGUGCAACCGCCAACGAAAUCUAAUGUUUCUGUGGUACGCAUCGAAUUCAAUCCCACUGUUCCACACUGCUCCUUAGCUACGCUCAUCGGCCUAUGCAUACGCAUUAAAGUUGAACGCAGUUUACCACAUAAUAUUAAAUUGGACAUUUACAUCAAAAAGGGUGCACAUACAACAGAAGAUGAAAUUAAUAAGCAAAUAAAUGACAAGGAGCGCAUUGCGGCCGCUAUGGAGAAUCCAAAUUUGCGUGAACUUGUAGAGAAUUGCAUACAGGAAGAGGAAUGAACAACAAAAUAGGCAACUCAAAAUCAAACUAAAUUAUAACUAAGGUUCCCUAAAUUAAGAAAAUCUAUAUUCAUUAGUUAACUUCCUCACAAAUGUAUAUAUUCCUAUUUUAUAUGUACAAAUCUGUAUUUUUAAUAUAUGGUCACAAGCUGUACGUUGUAUUUUGCCUGUUGACAAUUAUAGUACCGUUUUAGCACCUACUUACAGUAGCGUGCAAUAGUGAGCACAUGUUGGGCGAUUUAACUUUAAAGUCUCCGAUAAAAUCUAAAUCCACAACUUAAUGAAACAAACUUUCAGCAUUUAUUCGUUGCUUAAUUCUUAAAAUAACGGCUUAAAACAAAAAAUACAAAUGUAGGAAUGAGAAGGAGGCAAUAAUAUAAAAAAGUACGUAUUUACUCAGUUUUGCACGUUUUGUUUAUGUAAACCGAAAGGAGCUGUAACAUUUAGUACAGUUGUAAUUAUAUACCGUUAUAGUUUUUGUUUCA